AUGUCCGCAUGUAUGGCCAACUCAUGGCCAGCUCGGUUUUUAACACUUUGUUCGUCAGGCAACGGGGUUAGGGAUAUACAUGGGAUGAAACUUACAAAGCGCCUCGAUGACAUCAUCCAGGAGUCUUCUGCACUCAAGUCAUAUCUCGUUCAGCAACUCAAAACUCUCAGCAACGCAGUUCCCGAGCUAGUCAACUUUGGUAUCUCUCUCGCCCAACAAGUAAUUCCACACCUUAGCGACGCCCGUAGUGCCAAGGCUCCGUUUCAGCUUGCAACAGUGUUGUCGUACGCCAGGCAGACUGCAAUGUCCACUGUCGCCAAGGACAUGAAACUUGGGACCUCUUGCUUCGAGGCGGUUGGUGAAGCUAUUGCCCAGUUAUCAGCGGAGUGCAACAAGUUACUCCCUUUAUCAAUGGAACCUGAGAACGCGUUCAAGAGUAGGCUUCAUUUAACUUUGAUAUUCGUCAAAUAUCAUGCUAACGAUGGCCAAGUCUCUGGCACACCACCGUGGGUCCUACGAAUUGAGGAGAUCAGAGCCAGCAUGGCUAUCAAUGCCGAAGCCGAGCAGAAAGCUGCACAGCUGCAGGAGGAAAUACAAGGAUUUGUACGGAGUCUCAAGACGAAAGACCAAGUGAUACAGGAGUCAGGGGUGAAGAUCGAGCGCAUGGAGCCGUUGGAGAUCUUGAGAUUGAGCUUUCGAAAGCGCGCAAGCAGGAACGUGCAUACGAAGAGCCAAUGGAGCAACUGCAGGCAGACCUGGAUACCUGAUGGCACAAAACCUGUUGAUUCAGAGAAUGUCCCCAUGGAGGGUAAUGUGGAGACACCACGCCUUCUGGAGCAGAUCGAGGCUCUUCGUGGCACCGUCCGCUUCUUGCGCACAGAAAACUCGUAUCUCAAGGGACAGGACCUACUCAAGGAAAUACAAGCACUACCACAUCUCCCAGAACAUAUCAGCCGUGUACGUACACCUCCACUGGGCCCCUCAGGACAAUCUGACGCAGACAAAUCCGAUACGGAACUUCCACCCGCUCCUCCUACUAUUCGCUCGCUCGCCGCAGAAACUAAGGUUUUCUACUGA